GUGGGAGUGCACGCCCAUCCUAAGAAGUUCUUACUAAAACAGAUGAUUGUACCAAAGUUAAGGCUCUUCAUUGCACUAGUACUCGUGUCGGUUCUGGCCCUGAACUUUGGGUCACAGUGUUUCCGCCCAGUAGUUGGUUCGAUACGUAAAGUAGGAAAACUAGGUACCGGUAAGGCCGGCCGCAACCCACGCAAUUCUGUGCGCGGCCAUGACGGGACAGCUGAGGAUGAGCUGCUUGGAGGAGGCCCUGCGCCGAACAGCGAAUCCGCUGGGGGUAAUACACCUUACUCUUUGCUCUCCAAGUCAAUGAGUUUGCUGUCUGGCGGCAAGUAUGAGGAGAUUGAGGGCAUAGAGGCGGUCUGGCAGGGCCCCCCUCUCGGGACCGCCCGCCGCGGUGUCAUGUUCAUAGCACAUGGUUGCAACCAUGGCGCGAUAGACUGGUGGCCGCAAUCGCCUUCCUGCCCCCAGUGCAUCGGUCUUCCUGAGGAGCUGAACGUGACUCUGCACUGCCUGGUGCGGGGCUAUGCGGUGGUGGCGGUGUCGUCAGCGGCAAGGAGGGGAUCCAGAUGCUGGCAGAGUGUCUUACGUGGUGGGGGUGACCCCUGGGACUACAGCCAGGGACCGUCACCCGAGGACUGGAUGAGGACGCGCAGGCAAGUCAGGCGGGUGCUGGACGUGUUGCUGUCCAGGGAGGGUCUCUCGUCCCUGCCGCUACUCGCCCUGGGGGCCUCCAGCGGGGGCGCCUUCGUGUUGGGGCUGCCGCUGGUGAUGCCGGGCCGGUUCUCAGGCCUGGCGGUGCAGAUCAUGGGGGGCCCUCCAGGGCUGCUGCAGAAGUACCGGUACUUCAACCAGUCUGCCGCCUGGCCUCCCACCUUGUUCGUACACAUGCCCCGAGAUGCCGCACUGGCUGAGCUGGUUGCUAGAAACCUAGAGGAGCUGCGGGAGGGGGGUGUACGGACACGGGAGAUACAAGUACGACCGCAGCCGCUGACGCCGCUCUACUUGGUGCAGCGCUGUGCGCCCGAGGUGGACGAGCAGACCAGCCGGGCGGUGUACGAGGCGCUGAAGUUCGCUGAUUUCCUAGACCCCCGCGGCUACCUGCGCCUGAACCCGCGGUCUCAGCAGGGGGGCGGGUGGAGGGCGGUGCUGAAGGCGGCCGGAGUGCCGGAGCUGCAGAAGCUGAGGCUGCAACCGGAGGCGAGUCCCAUAGCUGAGGAGCUCAACCUGCUGUAUGCGGGUCACGAGCUGUGUUCCGAGACGACUACUGACAUGCUGGACUGGUUUGAGGAGCUGGAGUCGGGGCCCAAAGACGGAAGAAAUGGGCGGAAACGUUUUUAAAGUGUGCGAAUGAUCCCUGUUUUUGACAGGAAUAUCGGUGUUUGUUUGGUGUAUUGCACGACGGGAUAGGGUUAGGGUUUUAGGGUUAGGGGGCUGAUGUGUAUUACGUUCUAUGUAAUGGUGUAUAUCAUUAUAUACAUGUAUAUGUAAUGGUGUCUCAAUUG